AUGUCGGUCGAUUGCUCUGCCUCCACGGCAACAACAAAGUCGCCUCUUGUCGUCCGUAUUCAGCGUGCUGUGUGGGCAACACUAAAGAGAAUCGUUUCCAGUGCAAAUGAAUAUAAGGCCAGUCUUACCGCCGGGGGUGUGAUGUCCAAAUACACCGAAUCUGUCGCCUUCUCCACUGAUCUUGAUCCCUCGCAUAUGGGAGCACAUUCACUGCUCCAGCCCGUCGUCAUAAUAUCAAAUGCGGCUCACUAUGUGGUCUACCAGUACUAG